CAUGUGGAGGAUAGGAUUCAGGCUAGCGAUAACAACAAAAAUAAAUCCUAUUUUACGAAAUGGACUUAAAGUUCCACUAAGUACACUAAAACACCCUUCAAACACCAUUCAUCGCAGAGAUUUUCAACGAUAUUGUAGCACAAAAGUUGGAAAAAUAUCUCCUCAAAUGGCAAUUACUUUCACUUGUAAAGUUUGUGAACAAAGAACAACAAGGACUUUCUCAAAAAUAUCUUACGAAAAAGGUGUUGUCAUAAUAAAAUGUCCAGGUUGUAAUAACAAUCACUUAAUUGCUGAUAAUUUAGGAUGGUUUAGAGACAAAAAAAUAAACAUAGAAGAUUUAAUGAAAGAGAAAGGUGAAGAUAUAACAAAAUUAAAGUCCGAAGGUUUAAUUGAUAUUAGCGAAAAAUGA